AUGGACCAGUGUGAUGACCUUGUCUACCAGUUCAAGUGCUACAAUGCCGAUAAGAAGCUGAACCUAAACUUCCUCCGGGAUCCUCCUCUAUUGCCCGAAGGGAUCACAGAGGAGAUGGUGGAGGCCUACAAGGGUGAAGAUGCCGACUCUGAAUCCUCAAGUGAGAUCGACUCGAGCAGCGAGGAGGACGAAGCCAUGCCCACACCUUCUACUGCCGAUGCCGUCAUACUCGAUGCUGAUGUUGCCGAUCCCCCGGAAGCUUAG